AUGAGAAAGGCAAUAAUUAUCGGAGGUGGACCAGCCGGCUUAUCCGCCGCGUUGCGACUGCAACAGAUCACAAAUAUCACUUCGACUGUGUACGAAUUGCGCCCCGAACCAACCACUCUUGGCGGAGCAAUAGGGAUCUUAUCCAACGGUCUUCGUCUAUUUCACAGACUCGGUGUUUAUGAUGACCUUGUCGCAAAAGGGAGUAGUCAUUCCAUGCUGUCACUGAGAUCUCUCAAAGGCAGUAUCAUCACGCAACAAAAUAUUGUUGGCCGAGUCCGAGAGCAGAAUGGUGGAUUUGGCUACCUUCGCAUCAAACGCAUUGACCUACUGGACGUUUUACUCAAAGCCGCCGAAAAGGCUAAAAUACCUGUCCACUUUGACAAGAAGAUUAUCAAAAUUGAAGAGACUGAGAAUGAGGUCAAGGUCACAUUCUCGGAUGGGACAAUUGACACUGGCGACCUGUUGCUUGGAUGCGAUGGCAUCCACUCGGCUGUUCGAAAACUAUAUGUCGAUCCAGACCAUGCUAUGGAAUACACUGGGUUCGCCGGCCUUGGGGCUCUGAUCCCUAUGUCAGCCCUUCCAGGUCACUCAGUGGAGGAACUCAAGGGUAUCAACGCUACACUUACAACACAAGGUGUCUUUCUUACCAUGUCGUGCUCCUCUAAAGACGAUGAAGCGUUUUGGGGGUUCUCUAAAGAAGUUCCUCUACCUGCCACUGGGGACACCAGAGACGGGUGGGAAGUGAGGCGCGAAGAAGAAAUUGCCCGCUUCAAGAACGACCUCUUGGGUAUGAUUGGCGACGCAAAGGGGGAUUGGGGUGAUACCAUGCGAACCAUGGUGAAAGAAACUUCAGUUGUCAGAUUCUACCCGGUGUUUAGGCUCGCUGCGGGUGGUAAAUGGUACAGAGGUAGGUGUCUUCUCUUGGGAGACGCUGCUCAUGCCAUGGCCCCUCAUGCUGGACAAGGUGUGUCCAUGGCGGCGGAAGAUGUUUUUAUGAUUGCGAGGUUGUUAGAAGAUCCUAAUCGGUCUCUGGAGGAUGCUUACGCAUCGUUUGACAAGAUCCGGAGACCUCGGGUUGAUGAAAUUACGAAACAGGCGACGAGUAAUUCGGAAGUACGCAGAAACUCGAGUGAAUGGGGCCUUUGGCUGAAGGAGACUGCGAUUUGGGCUUAUUUCUGGGCAUCUUCAUUGGUUGGAUAUAAGGCUCUGGCGAAUACGGAGAGACAGUUGCUGUACGAUGUGGACGAAGAAAAGAUUUGA